UUCCCCAAGUCACGAAAUGCUGCGGUCCUCGUGGCACUGUUUGUGGGACGCCAGGGGGAUCUUUACGUCUUGCUCAGCCAACGGGCUCAACAUCUCCGAACCUUCCCUGGUGACACUUCCCUGCCAGGCGGAAAGUGGGACGAAGGCGAUCGGGGUGCAGAGGACACAGCCGUACGUUAA